AUGGAAUUUAUUGGCACAGAAAACCAAGUAUUUGGUGAAUACCAACAAUUGUUUAAUAAAUUAGUCCAAUACAGAACGAAGUCAAAAGGGUAUAGUACUGAAUUACCAAGUAAAAUAAUUAUAAAAUUAUGCAAUGAAGUCUUAAAUGAAAUAUCAAAAGAACCAAUUGUAAUACAAUUAAAAACACCAAUAACAAUCGUUGGAGAUAUUCAUGGACAGUAUUAUGAUUUGUUAAGAAUUUUUGAGAGUAGUGGAUAUCCUAAUGAAACACCUUAUUUAUUUCUUGGUGAUUAUGUUGAUAGAGGAAAAAAUAGUAUUGAAGUAAUCACUUUACUCUUGCUUUACAAAUUAAAAUAUCCUCAUUCAAUCUUCUUAUUAAGAGGAAAUCAUGAAGAUGAAAAGAUUUGUCGAAUGUAUGGAUUUUUUAAUGAAUGCUCAAGAUUUAAAGAUUAUCAAAAUGAAAUUUUUAAAUCUUUCAUUCAGGUAUUUGAUCAAUUACCUAUAGCUGCUGUUAUAAAUAAUAAAAUUUUUUGUGUUCAUGGAGGACUUUCACCAGAUUUAAUUACUAUUCAAACGAUUAAAACGAUUAAAAGACCAAUUAAAAUUCCGUUACAAGGAUUAUUAUGUGAUUUAUUAUGGUCAGAUCCACAUGAUCUUCCUGUUGAUGGAUGGAUGAAAAACCAAAGAGGAAUGAGUUAUACAUUCGGAAAAAACGUUGUAGAGUCUUUCUUAAAAAAGAAUAAUUUUGAAGUAAUAAUCAGAGCACAUCAAACAAUGAAUGGUGGAUAUAGUCUUAGUUUUAAUAAACAUUUAGUAACACUUUUUUCAUGUCCAAAUUAUAUGGGAACAACAGAAAAUUCAGGGGCAAUCCUUUAUUUUAAUAGUUCUUUACAAGGAACAUUUAAAGUAUUUAAACCAAUAUCAAAAUAA